AGAAUGUCACUCGCGCCCACCACCGCCGGCUAUGGUGAACUCUUAACACUUUAUAUUGAAUAACACAGUCGUGCAACCGGCCAGUCUUAAUAAACGCUAGAUACUUGUGCAGUAAAAAUAAAUUUAAAAAAAAAAACAAGCAAAUAUGUAUUUUAUAAUAUGAAUUUACAAGUUGUGUUUUUGAGUGUAUAAUAUAUAUUUUUUUGUUUCUUUUCAAAUAUUUAUAUAAUAUAUUUUUGUGCGAGUGCGUUUUGUAAUAUAUAGAUAAAAAUGAACGUGAAAACAACGGCCACAAUUAUGUUCGUAGUCCUACAGCUGACUAGUAGUAACCCAGCCAAGAACAACGCCAGACCAGUCUAUGAAGUAAUUAACGAACAGCGAGAGGAGAAAAAGGUCAACCCUGGUCCGGUCACCUUCGGAAACCCUCUAGCCGGCCACUCGAUCCAGAACGCUAAGCUCUACGCUCAAAACCAGCAAGCUAUGUUCAACGCCGAACGGGUCAGACAGCACAAAGCUCAGCUACAGCGAUGGACGAAGUCGCCACAACAAGAUAGCUACAUGAAAGCUUAUCACGAGUCACAAGAAAGCCAUCAGUUAGCUGUCGAAAAAGAGCAAUCCGACUUAAAAACUCCAACUAAAAGACAGGACCGCAGACGCGGCAAAGAAAACGGUCCAACUGAAAAAACAAGAAGCCAUCGUUCCCAUGGCUCACUAGAUUAUCAAUAUGUGCCAAGGUAUAAGACUGUUUACGUCUCUCCAGGCACUACUUACGAUCAAGGCGUUACGAUCAAACCAAACGGGAUUGCGUACGUUGAGACAGAUGAAAACAAACUUUAUACAGAAGCUGUGCCGAGCAAAACUCAAUACGUCCACCCUAAAGACUAUAGUCACGCACAAAAUUACGAAACAUCUGAUAUAGCAACAUUAAACGCAUUAUUGGAACAGAAUCCACAAGAUCAACUAACGAAUUUCAAUGCCAUGUUACACGCUAACGAAAACAAAGAACAUUUACAAACGCCUGUGGAAUUGUUUUUCUAUAAUAACGCGAAUAAUGUUUAUCACCCAACUAACGGCGGCUAUACAAGCUACGCGCCCAACGCGUAUACACAAGAGACUCGGUACAAAGACCACACACCCAUCAAAGAAGACUUAGACGACAUUGAGGACCCCAAUAAACACACCACAGUUAAAAACUACGGGGUCCAACCGACAACAAAUCUCCCAGAUGAAGACAGUACUAUACCUUAUUACAAUAACGCAGGACCGACUACACAGAGAGUAGUGGAAGAGAAACCUAAAUAUCAAGCCGUGAAAUACGAAAAACUGUAUCCGUUUCAAGACUCAAAAGAUAGCGAAUCAGGGAUUUACAUGCACCACAACACCGAGAACCAGGGAGUUCAUCGCUUGAAUCAAGAUGGAGUCGAGGUUUCCGCGUAUGACGAUGCCGAACUCCAGUACGCCGCGAACUAUGAAUUCGGCUACAGAGUUAGAGAUCACCACACAGGCAAUUAUUACGGUCACCACGAGGCGAAGAAGGAUGGUAAGACGAACGGGCAUUACCACGUUUUGCUGCCCGACGGCAGGAUGCAGAAGGUUAAGUACACCGCAGGCCCUGACGGGUUCCACGCUGACAUUAGCUAUGACAAUAUGACGGAACAUUAAUUUAAAUAGUUUAUAGUUAGAAUACCUACAUUAAUUGUAUUCCAAAGACAAAGUCAAAAAGUCCUUUAAAGAUCAGGAACUUUGUUUUAAUCCUCAGUAUGUAUGUAUAAUUUCGGUCAGGAAGCUAUCUUAAAUAUUAGCUAUUUUAGUCCCAAAAGAGUGAUUAAUCACACAGCCACUAAUUUAAUUAAGAAUAAAACCUUAAUGUCAGAAAUUAAGAUUUGUAAGCGCAGGGAUUUUCGAAUAAAGAAUUGCUUAAUUCAGCCUAAUUCGUUUAAAAUAACUAUGAUAAUACGAUGAUAAAUGGUCGUAGUUCAAAAAUGUCUAAAAGACACGAAUUUUAUACAUAAAAUUGACAACAUUUAAAAAUAUCCAACUUAUUAUUAUUUUAGAAUGUAUAAUUAUUAAACGAAAAUACCUAAACUGAAAUAUAAGAACAAAAUAAAUGUCAUAUUGACAUUUAAUUUUAAUUCUAAUUGAAUCCUUUAGAACCAAAACAAUACAAUGUAAUUCGGAAGAUCCUGUUGCUGUGAAAUCACUUUAAUUGUACAAUUUCAAAAUGUACAUUCAUUAUAAUUUAGCAAAAACCAGUUUUAGCAAAGUGUUAUUGUUUAUUUAUGUCAAUACCUAAUUUAUUUCCGAUUUUAUGUAAGAAUUUAUGUAGAUAAAUUGUUAAGUUAGUUUUAAGGUUGUAAAAUGAAACAAAAAAACAUUAAUUAUUUAUUUAAAAACAAAUACAUUUCUUGCCCUUGAUUUGAUUUUAUUUACUCACACAUAAUUUACGAGUGAGGAGAUCGUUUCCGUCGAACCACCGGCAGACCGAAAGGGGUUUAGCGAAUGACGCCAAACUUUUAAUGUAAUGAUGAUAUUCUUUUUUGAAAUCUGCUGUAAAAAGAACCGAUUAAUUUUAUAAUCAUUUCUCAGAAUUCUCACUUCUAACUUCACUCGUUCAUAUUGAAAACUUUUCUUUCACAAACCAUAAUCAAAUUUUAUUACGUUUUCUAAUAAAACCUAACAAAGAUUUAUAAGUUAUACAACGUUUAUUUAUUCAGAAAAAAUAAAACUUGAGUCAUUUUGUGUUCUACACGAACACACGCUUAUCUGUGGUUAGGUUUGUAAUGGCGCGAAAUCUACUGUCAGCUGAAUUUAUACAUUAUGACCGAUCAUGGCACACAAUUUGGAUAUUAAAAGAGAAAAUGGAAAGCCGUUAUUCAAACGAAGACUUGUCAUUUCGUUUGAAAGGCGACAUUUUUGCUUCCCGUGCAUUAUGUAAUCGAGCGAUCAUAGAUUCCUACCAUCAGUAAGAAACUUUGAACCUCAUUGAACGUCAUUUCCACCGACUUCGAGACCGCCGAUCCACAUUGAAGAUUUGAAGAAGAAGAAGACUUGUAGAAGAAGAAGACUUGUAUAAUAAGAAGAAGAAGAAGAAGACUUGAAGAAGAAGAAGAAAACUUGAAGAUUUCCACACGCAGCAAGGACUAAUGACGAUACAAUAAUUUUGAAACUUCACUCUGACAUCCUGAGCGGUAUUAAUGAUGUAAAAAUAAAGUUUAAAUUAAUUGUUAAUUGGUUUGGUAAUUAAGCACGUUUUUUUUUUUAGUUUUCAAAACUACAUAUAUUAUAUACUCGUACAAUAUUUUCCAUUAAACUUUUACUUUAAUUUCCUAUUUAGGUAAUACAUAAUAAUGUAAUAAAAUUAAAAUUCCAUCUAUUUUUUAUUCAUUAAAUGUAUUUAGAUAGUUA